CAAGCGUCGGGACCACUUUCCACCCUGCGGACGAGCUCGGAGAGGCAUGGAGGAGGAGGAGCAGGAGCAGGAGCAGGAAGAGGAGGCAGCAUGGACGAAUCCAGCAUCUUGAGGCGCCGAGGGCUGCAGAAGGAGCUGAGCCUACCACGCCGAGGGAAGAUCUUGUCACCCGGUAGCCAGAGCCCGACCCUUCUCAGCCCCUGCAGUCCUUGUAGUCCUUUGACUCUGCAUCCCUGGAGCUGUCGAAGCAACAGGAAGAGCCUAGUGGUUGGAACUCCUUCGCCUACCCUCUCGCGUCCUUUGUCGCCCCUCUCUGUGCCAACAGCCAGUAGCAGUCCAGUAGAUAGUCCUCGCAACUUCUCCACCGGUGCCUCUGCCAGCUUUCCAUUUGCUCGCAGCCAUGUUCCUCGAACUGACAGGGCUGAUGGCCGAAGGUGGUCACUUGCAUCAUUGCCCUCCUCCGGCUAUGGGACCAACACCCCCAGCUCUACUGUUUCAUCAUCGUCUUCCUCCUCUCAGGAGCGUCUCCACCAACUGCCCUACCAACCUACCCCUGAUGAACUGCACUUCCUUUCAAAGCACUUCCGCAGCACCGAAAGCGUUCCAGGAGAAGACGGCCGCAACUCGCCAUAUUUUCGUCCUCGGUCCCGGAGCUUGAGCCCUGGGCGGACAAGUGGGAUCUUUGACAAUGAGGUGGUGAUGAUGAAUCAUGUAUACAAGGAGAGAUUUCCAAAGGCCACUGCCCAGAUGGAAGAGCGCCUGGCAGAGACAAUUGCUGCUUUCUCGCCCAGUAGCAUCCUGCCUUUGGCUGAUGGUGUACUGGGAUUCAUCCACCACCAGAUCAUUGAACUAGCCCGUGACUGUCUCAACAAAUCCCAAGGGGCCCUCAUUACCUCCCGCUAUUUUAUUGAACUGCAGGAGAAGCUGGAGAAAAUGCUAAGAGAUGCUCAGGAGCGUUCCGAGAGUGAAGAACUGCACUUCAUUGAACAGUUGGUCCGUAAAUUACUGAUCAUCAUUUCCCGGCCAGCUCGGCUGCUGGAGUGCUUGGAGUUUGACCCAGAAGAAUUUUAUCACCUCCUGGAGGCUGCCGAAGGUCAUGCAAAAGUGGGACAAGGCAUCAAAACAGACAUUCCACGUUACAUUAUCAGUCAACUGGGACUCACCAAAGACCCUCUGGAGGAAAUUGUGCAGUUUGAUCAAGUUGACUGCCCUUCCCCAGCAGGCCCAGAGCAGCAAGAUGAACUUCCUGAGAACCAGUCUUCUACCCCCAUUCCUCGGAGGAAGCCCCGUGAAAGCGAUUUUGAAACUAUCAAGUUGAUCAGCAAUGGGGCUUAUGGGGCCGUGUAUCUGGUGCGGCACAAGGAGACUCGCCAACGUUUUGCCAUCAAGAAGAUUAACAAGCAGAACCUGGUGUUACGCAACCAGAUCCAGCAAGUCUUUGUGGAACGCGACAUCCUGACCUUUGCGGAGAACCCUUUUGUGGUCAGCAUGUUCUGCUCCUUCGAAACCAGGUGUCACCUCUGCAUGGUCAUGGAGUAUGUGGAAGGUGGGGACUGUGCCACACUGCUGAAGAACAUGGGACCUUUGCCUGUGGACAUGGCCCGGAUGUAUUUUGCCGAGACAGUCCUUGCCCUUGAGUACCUCCACAAUUAUGGCAUUGUUCACCGGGAUCUCAAACCAGACAACUUGCUCAUCACAUCCAUGGGCCACAUCAAGCUGACCGACUUUGGCCUGUCCAAGAUUGGCUUGAUGAAUAUGACUACCAAUCUCUAUGAGGGCCACAUUGAGAAGGACACCCGAGAGUUUGUAGAUAAACAGGUCUGUGGUACUCCUGAGUAUAUUGCUCCGGAAGUGAUCCUGAUCCAAGGUUACGGCAAGCCAGUGGACUGGUGGGCCAUGGGCAUAAUACUCUACGAGUUCCUGGUCGGCUGCGUCCCAUUCUUCGGUGACACCCCAGAGGAACUCUUUGGGCAAGUGAUAAGUGAUGAAAUCAUUUGGCCUGAGGGGGAUGAAGCUCUUCCUGCUGAUGCCCAAGAUUUGAUCACACAACUCCUGCGUCACUGCCCUCUGGAGCGGCUGGGCACAGGAGGCGCUCAUGAGGUGAAGCACCAUCCCUUCUUCCAUCAUCUGGAUUGGAAUGGGCUGCUGAGGCAGAAAGCUGAGUUUAUCCCCCAGCUGGAGGCUGAAGAUGACACCAGUUACUUUGACACUCGCUCAGAGCGCUACCGGCAUUUGGGCUCUGAUGAUGAGAAAACCCAGGAUGAGGAAUCCUGUGCGGAGAUUCGUCAGUUUUCUUCCUGCUCCCAUCGUUUCAGCAAGGUUUACAGCAGUUGUGAAUAUCUGGCUAACUCCUCCACCCUCAGUUUCACAUCUUCUGAGCAGGGCCACGGUGAGGACAAAGAAGACAGGGCCGAGAGGGGAGAUCACAGCUCUGGAGAUGAGGACAAGAGCCGGCUAACUAAGACUGAGACCAGGCUUCGUGCCUGGACCUCCUGUGGCUCCACUGUUCAUUCCUUCCGUCAAGAAUUCAGCCGCAGUCCUGCCAUCCUGAGCAGCACCUGCAGCUUAGAAGCAAUGCCCAGGUUUGCCUUGUCCUCUGAGGAUGAGAGCCCCUGCCGGGGGACAGCCAAAAAGGAGCGCCCCAAGUUUGUCGUUGGGGAUUCUGAGAUGGCAGCACCAAGGACACCCAGCAAGAGCUCAGCACUGGCAGCUGACCUGGCCAGCUUGAACCGUGUCCGUCUCAGGAGCAACAGCACAGGUACUAAGAGCUCUAUCUCAAGAGGUUUGGACCGCGAGGGUAGUUAUCGGUCCCACAAGGAUUCUGCAGGGAAGCAGCCAGCAUCUUCCAGUGGCAGAGUGCCAAAGUCAGCUUCAGUUUCUGCAUUAUCACUUAUCAUCAAUUCAGAUGAUUUUAGUGGGGCUGUUCUCAGAAGCCCCAUCUCGCCCCGCUCCCUCUCUUCCAAUCCUUCAUCCCGUGAUUCUUCCCCAAGUCGGGACUCCAUGCUUGGUGGCUCCAGUCUGCGGCCUCCCAUUGUCAUCUACAGCUCGGGGAAGAAAUAUGGCUUCUCAUUGAGGGCCAUCCGUGUCUACAUGGGUGACAGCGAUGUUUAUACUGUGCACCACAUGGUUUGGAAUGUAGAGGAGGGGAGCCCGGCUCAUGAUGCAGGACUCCGAGCGGGAGAUCUCAUCACUCAUGUGAAUGGAGAGUCGGUCCUGGGUUUGGUUCAUAUGGAUGUGGUAGAGCUGUUGCUGAAGAGUGGAAACAAGGUAUCCCUGAGGACGACUGCCCUAGAGAACACUAGCAUCAGAGUGGGCCCUGCGCGCAAGAAUAGUUCCAAGACACGGAUGGCCCGGCGGUGUAAGAAGAAUCGCAAACGGGACAGCCAGGACAAACGGAAAUCCCUAUUCAAGAAGAUCUCAAAGCAAACUUCCGUUCUGCACACCAGCCGCAGUUUUUCCUCUGGGCUCCAUCAUUCUCUGUCAUCCAGCGAGAGCCUUCCUGGAUCCCCAACGCACAGCUCAUCCCCUGGAUCGACCGCUUCUUGCCGCAGCCCUGUCCCGGAUUUCAUGCCAGAUUCUGUCUCAUCCCAGAGUCCCUCUCCAUCCUCCAGCACCCCAACUUCUCCAGCAGGACAGAUCCGACCAAGUUCCCUACACGGCUUGGCACCAAAAGUCAACAGUCAUCGCUACAAGGUUGGGCGCCGCAAGUCAACCAGCAGCAUCCCACCUUCCCCAUUGGCCUGCACUCCUUCCUCCGUCCCCCAACCUCCCUCCCCACAAAGAUCCCCUUCACCACUUCCAUUGUUUACAAAAAAUGUCCAGACAUUCCAAGGCAAAACCUUGUCUCCACCUACAAUGGUCCGUCAAGUGUCCCGGCCUCGCAGUGCAGACAGCUCUCGUUCCCCACUCCUCAAACGAGUCCAGUCAACAGAGAAAAUCCCUACUUCCCUUGCUGAAAAAGUGGUUGGCAGCCGAAAGCUCACAUUGGAGACGCCCAACUUGGGAAAUGGAGGUGCCAGGGAGAGUGGCAUGGUCACCCUGGGAGACACUGGCAUUUCACGACUUCGGGACUGGUCUGAGGAACGUCAUGAUCGAGACCACGAAGUAGUGGUGAUGCGGCGGCUGAACUUAUCUGAACGCCGGGACUCUUUCAAGAAGCAAGAAGCAGUCCAGGAAGUGAGCUUUGAUGAGCCAGAACUUGCAUCCAGUGGUGAGGCCCAAGCAGAGAGUAAACCUGGAGACUGGCAGCAUGGAUCUCAUGCAGCUUCCUGGGUAGAGGACAGGUCUUGCUGCUCAUCUGUCCCUGAUCCCCAGGUGCCCCUCGUGCCCGACAUUGCAGUGCAAGGGGAUGAGCCAGCAGGAAUCACAGCCACAUGGGAAUGCCAAGGAUCGUACCCUGUCCAUCUGGAGGCCCGGGUCUACACUGAGCAAGCUGAUGGGACAAUGGCCGUUGAGUACAAGAGUGUCUCCUCCCAGCACUGGGGAAAUUGGGAACAGAGGGAGUCUUCACCCACUGUUGCAGUCACACACAGGACAACCCAUGGGGAGAAGGCCGUGAACUCACCUUCACCCUCCCUGAAGUGGCAAUUACCGGAGAAUUUGGGAAAAUGACUGGACGACCUGUUAAAACCACUUGUCCCUAGCGGACCAAAGGGAGUGCUUCAAAGAAAGUCAGCUAAUGCCAAGGAUUGAGAACUUUGGGGUCCCAUUUUUAUUCUGCUGAUGAGGUCUUUUCCAGCUAUUUACCACUUCCUCCUUUUCCUUGGGCCUUGGGCACUCCCUCACAGGGCAGAGUUGGUGGUGAUUCAGGCUGAAGAUAAAGGCAGUGCUGCUUUUUUACUAAUUAGAAAACAUUCCCAUUUCACUCAGAUUUGGGGCUAACAGAUUUGGUUCUAUUUGGUGCCCUAAAACCAAGCAUUAAACUUUCCCAUCUAUGGACUGGGUAUCUUCUGGAGUGAAUACUCUCCGCAAUUAAUAAUUUUUCUCACUAUCCCUUUGGCUACUGUGAGAAAAGGUAAUAAAUGAAAUAGUAAAGCAUACGAUAUGUGGGAGUAUCUAGGGGCACAAUCUGUUCAUUCUAGGGAGCCUCUUCUCUUGCAUUGAAACUGGUCAAAGGAGGAAUUGUAGCAAUGGUUGGAAAACUCCAAAUCCCUAUCCUGUGACAUCUGUAAACGUUGCAGUGCCUAUGUAUGCCGUUGAUACCCUAACCUACUGCCAGCUCUUGUCUUGCAAAUAUUUGAUCGAAAAUUGAGAAGGAAAGCCAAGGGGGUAAACAAGAAAAGAAAACCAGCGUGGUCCUGUUCAGUUUAUAUCCAGAAACUUUCAUUGGAGCAAUUCAGAAGUCUUCGGUUCCAUUGCAUUAUUUUUCUAUCUAUGACCUUGAGAUUUUCUUUUGGGGGACUGUUGUGGGGGUUCCCAUUUGGUUGUAUCAUAGUUACUGUGGAAGAAUAAGGUGGGGUUCUUCAUCCUACACCAUUUCUAGAUCUAUUGCAAAAUCCCCAAAAAACGGGGGAAUGAGAUUUGGAGAGCAUCUUCUCCCUCUUUACAUCUUCUCUGUAGCAAAUGGAAACUUCUUGAGGGAAGGGGAUGUCCUCAAAAAGGUUUUGAAGGAAUCUCUGUCUUUGAAUAUGAGUCAGACACAUCAACACACCUUCCAAAGGAUGCACUUAUUCUCAGGAGGUCACAGCGGAAUGCAUAGAGGUUCAAAUUCAGCAAAGUACAACCGGUCGACUUAGGACCGGUUGUUUAACAACAGUUCAAAGUUAUGAUGGACUCAAAAAAGCUACCAGUUGUCUUCAAAAUUAUAUGUCAGGAUUCCAAUGGAUGCCCUAAUUAAACCAUGAGCCUUGAGCCAAGUUUCAAAAGAAAUCCAGUUAUUAGGAGCAACAUGUCAGCAUGUACCAAAGUGAAGUCAGCUCUGCUCUACGGAAUUUACGGCCCAAUUAUGGUCCUGUUUCCCCCUCUUCCCAGGGUGUGUCAUAAAUCACAUUCUCCAACGGAGCACUUUCGCGGGCUGUAGAGACCACGCCUCUCCGCCUGGUUCUGGUAACCUGCCACAUCACCCCUGCAGUCAUGGGAGUGCAGUUUGGGUACUUGGCAACUGGCUCACUUUUACAACCAGUUGCUGUCUCCUGUGAUCAUGUGAUCACAAUUUAUGACAUUUUUAAAUGACAUCCGGUCACAUGGUGACUUGAUUUAUGACCGCAACAAUUUAUAAUCAAAAUCCCAGGCUCAAUUUUGUUCAUAAAUUGAGAGUUAGUCAGUUCUUAUUGGCAUUUCCAAUGAAGGAUCUUAAGUAUCAGGAUAAGAAAUAUCUUUCUGCGUGAGACUUUGUAAGCACUGACAAUUUCAGCUUAGAUGGUUCAAAGGUUUGAUCUAGGCGCAGUGGUUAGAGUACAGUACUACAGGCUACUCCUGCUGAUCACGGGCUGCUAGCAGUUUGGCAGAUUGAAUCUCACCAGGCUCAAGGCUGACUCAGCCUUCCAUCCUUCCGAGCUAGGUAAAAUGAGAUUGUUGGGGGGGAAUAUGCUGACUCUGUAAACCGCUUAGAGAGGGCUAUAAAGCACUGUGAAGCAGUAUAUAAGUCUUAAGUGCUAUUGCUAUUGCUAUAAGACAACUCUAAUUUGCCAUUCCAUGUCCUAUUUUGUCUAGUUGCUUCUCUUAAAUUCCCAAUAGUAUCUGGGAAGUUUGCAGUUGCAACACACCCACAAAGUGCCAAGUUGGAGUAGGCUGUCCUAUUUUCUCAAAGGCUAUCCAGGAUUAUUUUUAAAGUUUAAUCAGAAUGUAAGAAUGAGUCCCUGAAGAUGAAUGUGGCUUGGUGGACAGUUGGGUGAGAGUCCAGCUCUGCAUUCUCUUUUUCUAAGGUUCAUUGAAUACUUAAAAUGAAUACAGGUAAUCCUUGACUUACGGCCACAAUUGGACUGGAAUUUCCAUCAUAAAUCAUCGUCAUAAGUAGAGAGAAAUCCAGUUGUAUGAUUGUUUCUCUGGCAGUUAUGUAGCAAAUUAGACAGUCAUUAAACAAAACCAGUUCCCCAGGGGGUGCUCUUUUUUUGGGAAAUCGGUAAGAAAAGGAUCACAAACCACAAUCGCACGUCCACCGGGACAUUUCAACCGGUUGUAAAUGUGAGUCAGUUCCCAAGCCCUUCAAUUGUGAUCCUGCGACUGGAGAGAUGAUGCGACAGUCGUUAAGCGUGAGUGCACAUCAUUAAAUUGCUUUUUUCCCCCAAGGUCAUCAUAACUUUGAACCGUUAUUAAAUGAACAAUUGGAAGUUAAGGUCUGCUUGUAAUCGGUUACAUCUUUUCCUGAGAUCCACCGAUAAUGUUCUUUUCCUGAAAUGCAACUCUUGGUUCCUUAUCCUUUUACAAAACCACAAGAUCAAGGCCUGAUGUAGUCACGGUGCAGUUAUUUCAUAAUAUUCAGAUGUCUUCUGAUCAGCAGUUUGUGGUCCUCUCAAUAACAUUUUUACCCAAAGCGCAUUUAGAACUGCUGGCAGCAGUACACAUUUUACAUUUUGUUUCAUUGGGGAAAGCUCUGUUUCCCCUCUUCUUCUUCUUCUUUUUUUUUGCUAAUUUCUAAGCUCUUAUUUGAGCAGUUGCCCAGCACAUGAAGGAAAACUGGCUUCUUUUUCACAGAAGGGAAGAACUAGGCUUGAUGGCUCCGAAGUAAAAAUUCAUAGAAAACUGUCACUGGCACAUGAUAAAUGCUUUCCCAGAGGGAAGGAGGAGCAGGAGGGGAAGAACUCCAAAUUCUUUUUCCUAAACCGUUUUCACAAGAAUCUCCUCACGCUUGGAAAACAGAGAAUAGUGAAUUCUCAGUUUCAUCAUUGGUAACCUAUCAAUUAUACCAGUGCUUACAGGAGUUGACCCCACAGAGUUCCUCUUUAAAAUGAUGAUUCAAGGAAUGAGCAACAUGCAGGUAGUCCGCCACUUACAACCACCAUGGAGUCCAAAAUUUCUGUUGCUAAGCAGGACAGUUGUUAAGUGAGCUUUGACCCAUCAGAGCCAUGAGUUGUAAAAGUGCAGAAUUGCUGGCAAAUUCUGCCAACUGCCAGCAGUUUGAUUCUCACCAGCUCAAGGAUGACUCAGCUUUCCAUCCUUCCGAAGUCAAUAAAAUGAGGACUCAAAUUGUUGCGGGCAAUAUGCUGACUCUGCAAACCCGCUUAUAUAGAGCUGUAAAGCACUGUGAAGCGGUAUAUAAGUCUCAGCGCUAUUGCUAUUUUACUAUUGCCACAGCAGUUAAAUAAAUCACUGCGGUUAUUAAGUGAAUCUGGCUUUCCCCCAUUGGCUUUGCUUGCCGGAAGCUGGCUGGGAAUGUUACAAAUUGUGAUCACACAAUCCCAGGUUAGUGCAGCUGUCAUAGAUACAUGCCAGUUGCCAAGUGAAAUGCCCAAAUUUUGAUCAUGUGACCAUGGGAAUGCUGCAGUGGUUAUAAGUGUGAAAACCAGGCAUAAGUCACUUCUUUUCAGUGCUGUUGUAACUUCAAAUGGUUACUAAAUGAAUGGUUGUAAGCCAAGGACUACCUGAAACAUAUACCGAUAAUUUUGUUUUGGCCAACGUCAAAGCCAAGAAGGUGGCUUCAUUCUGGCAGUUUAAAGUUUGAUCUAGACACGGAAGAAGAACAAAAAGCCAAGAACUACCCAUAUUCCUUACUCAACUAAGGUGGGGAGGUGCUGACCCACCACCACUGGCUCUCGUGAACUUUUUCCUCCUUUUGUUCAAAUACUUCCCUUCAGUGCCAACGACAUAAGGUGGCACCAGUCCAGGCUCUCCUUUCCUGCCAAGCCACUGUACUGGUUGGUCUGGUUUUUUUCUCUGAAAAUAUUUUAGCUGUAGGCCAUGGAAAUAGUUUGCAGGAUUUGACUGGUCCUUUUGCUGGACAGUA